AUGGAGGCAUGUUCCGCUGUCGAAUGGCUGACAGCUCAAGCAGUUCUUGUAUCUCCCUUCAAUUGCGUAAACACAAGCAAUACAACUACAGGUACACUCUAUCCUGCACAGUUCAGUAAGCUCAGGCGGCGUGACUCCCGUUCUAGCUCCAGACCUUAUGCCACUGCCACUGCUUCCGAWCGAGAUCUAAAAUACUACCAUAGCUACUCGAUGCCUGUCAAGAUCCGAAAACGCCUGGACUUGUGGAGUGAGAAGAGAGAGAGGGAGCAUUUCAGGAGCAUGGAGUCGCGAAGCUCCUUUAUUCAAUCACCUCCUAUCUUCAGCAGAACGUCUUAUUCUUCACACGGGUACACCGACCGUAUUGACGCGACUAUCGGGUAG